UUCUUUUUUUUUUUUUUUGGGACAAAACUUACUUUUCAAUUGAGAAAUUAUUCUGCUUUGUGAGAGAUCGAUGCCAUCGACGGCAUCUCUUCUCCGGCGUCGGCCGAGUGUGAGCGAGCAAUUGCUCUGGUUGUGCGUCUUAGUGUUAGUAGGGGUCAGGUUGUGUGGGUUUGCUGGUGAUGGCGGCGAUCUAUUAAAAUGUAGGAUCGAUGGUUCGGAGGAUGAUUGCAUUUGGCGGAAUCAGAAUAGGACGUCGAUAUUGUCCGGAUUUCAAACGGAGAACUUCAUAUAGGCAAACGAUCUCAGAUGGGUGCCACCGGGAACUAUGAAGAUGUUGGGCGAUUUAAAGCUGGGAAGUAUGAAAUCUAUGGCAGAAAGGGGGUUUUGAACGAUGAGGUGGUGGUGGUGAAAUCAUGCUUCUCACAGGACAUUAAGAAGACGAUGGAAGGGUUAAUGAAGCCAAGGAUUGAGAGCUUAAGGAUGGAGGAUUUGGUUAUGGCUUUCGAGAUGCCAGCGACCCAAUUCAAUACAACUUAUGGAUCCUCCUCAAUGCGGCUGCAGAGAUUUUGUGGUAAGCUUAAUUUGAAUCAAUGGAGGAUGGGUUUUCUUUAUCUGGUCUGGUAUAAAAUGGGAUUUGAUCGAUAUUUUUGGAACCAUCUAUGGAUCUCUGGUAUAGCCUUCACGAAUCAAUCACCCGAAGAGAAGUCUGCGCUGCUGGAGGGCAUUAACCAGAAGUUGGGAUUGAUUUGGAGCUUGAACUUGACAUGCUAAGCUGCCAUUACUUCCUGUUGAUCCGUAUUUACGUUUUUACCUCGAAAAAUUUGUAUGGAUUGGAAAUAUAUGAUCCAUUAAAAUACCAUAAAUUGCUUAUUAGAAAUUACAAUAUAUUGACCAAUGAAUGUGUAGCUCAACUGGUAAUGGGUUGGAUUGUGUUAACUGAUGGUCUAAAAUUCGAGUUUUGGGUAUUCAGUUGUGUUAAAUAUUUGUUGAGAGU